AUGGUCGACGCGAAGGAUCCAGAGCGCCUAUCUGAAUCUAAGGCAGAGCUCGACGCGCUGCUCAGUAUGGAAGAGCUAUCGAAGACGCCGUUCUUGAUUUUGGGCAACAAGAUUGACCACCCAAACGCGAUCAGCGAAGACCAGUUACGGCAUGAGUUGGGUCUUUACCAGACUACUGGAAAGGGGAAGGUUCCGCUUGAUGGCAUCCGCCCGAUUGAGGUCUUCAUGUGCAGUGUGGUCAUGCGACAAGGAUACGGGGAGGGCAUCCGCUGGCUCUCGCAGUACGUGUAG